AUGGCGCAGAGGGACGUGUUGGAAGAAGUGGUUAGGUGCACACGAAUUCCUUCCUUCCCUAGCCCUCCACGCUUCCACUCUCCCUACCCUCGGCCUUCCACUCCUCCACCUUUCUUCCCUUCCAACAAGCACACCACUCAUCGUCCUCCUAGCCCUCCACGCCUCCACUCUGCCUAUCCUCGUCCUUCCACUACACCUUCUUCCCUUCCACCAGCACACAACUCCCUCUCCCCCCCAGCCCUCCACGCCUCCACUCUGCCUACCCUCGCCCUUCCACUCCAUCUUCUUCCCUUCCACCAGGCACACUACUCCCCGUCCUCCCCAGCCAACCACGCCUCCCCUCCCUAA